GCAUCAUCCUUAUCAAUGCGUCACGCCCGCCAGCCUUUCGCUCGCUGCCAGGGCUUGAAUAAAGGCGAUAUGAAUUUUCAAAUUCUGCAAUAACGCGAGUAGAAAUCAUGGCGAAAGUCGACUUCGAAGACUUGUCUGGAACUUCCACCCCGAUAACUUCAAAUCCUUACGAUGGUCUGAUCAAUGCUUGUCACGGUGAUCCUAAACUGAUACAGGAACGUUAUACAACGCAUCGCUUGACUAGAAACACUCAACAACGGGAGAAGAUACUUGGCCAAGAUUUCAAAGGCUGGCUUCUCGAUGAGUACCUUGUGAAACUGGAAGGACCACAAAGAGACGAGUCUUUCGUCGACCCUCGUCAUUGCCUCGUUUUCUGGGGAAGACCACCUCAGAAGGUGAAAAACCUGAUCGAUGUGAUUCAAUCCAAGCUCAAGGAUGCUGCUCCAGAUCUUUGGCUCAUGCCUCUCGAGAAAUUGCACUUGACCGUCAUGGAAGUUGCUCAUUCGAAAACGCAAGACGGUAUCGCAGCUCUGGUGGACGCGCUGAAAGCUCACAGCACAGAGAUCGCUGAUCAUACCAUGACCCAUCGAGCGAGGCUGAUAAAGCCUUUGUUGAGUUAUGAUUCAGCUGCACUCGCGCUCAGCUUUGUCCCCGCUGCUGGGGAGUCGGCGUCUCAUGGCCGAACAGCGGAAGACGACAGAUACACAUAUCAUCACCUCCGGCGAGAUGCAUAUGCUGCCCUUACGGAUGCUGGAGUCCAAGUCGGUUCCAGAUAUGUCGUCCCAUCGGCCCAUCUCACCAUUGCGAGGUUUAACACGCCGAAUGUGUUUGGUGGAGAUCCGCUGGACGGCAACGUUACUCUGGAUAUAAAGAAGCGUAAGCAUUGGAUCAACGAGAUAGAGUUGAUCAACAAAUGGCUCGAAGCAGAAUUUUGGCCAGAAGAACAAGGGGACCUGAUCAAAGCUGGAGGAGAAUGGAUUGUGGGUGAGGAAAAAGGGCUCGACUUCCGCCAUGGGACUUUGUGGUAUGGCGGAGGUGAAACGAUUUACUUGGGAGAAGGCUUUAACCACUCUGACGAAGAGUGACCAUUCGUUGACUGCGUCCUACACGAUUUGUGGUUAGAGAUGUGCGGACUGUGAGGCUCUAGUCUGGGGAAAGAAUUACCUUCGCACACGGAAUCAGGUAGGUUUGGGAUUGAUGGGAUGGGAUAGACUGCCCAGGGCAUGACGUCUUGACAGAUGCCAUUGGUCAGGGCGCAUAUGAUCGGGGCAUCCUCCUUUUAUUAAUGCAGUCCUCUCCACAAUACGGAUAUUAGCCAUUAUUAUCUGA